ACCAUUAUCCAAACGGUAGGGUUAACUGGUGCAGGUCUUUCCUAAUUCACUCCGUCUCUUUAAAACACACUCCGUUACUAUCUCCACACUCUCCUUCUCUCUCUCUAAGAAUAGGGAUCGAGUGCGAAAGUCUCCGUUUCGGGUGGAUUUUGAAGCCUCUCUUUUUAGGUUGCCGAUGAGCUAAUGACACCGAUAUUAAAAUUUGCUGUUUUGCUGAUUCUUAGAUGAAACUCUGCGAAUUGUUGUUGGGGGAAUUGGUGGGGAUUUGAAAUCAUGAAGAUGUUUAUGAGCUGCUUGUUUGGUUUUGUUGAUUGAGGGUGCGAAGGUCUGUAAAUAUAUAGAUAUAUAUAUAUAUAUAUAUAUAUCUAUAUUUUUUGUUUUUGGUUUUUAUUCGCGUGUCCAAUAAAGAUGUUAGUCAUCAGCCUUUAGUAGUUGUGGUGCCGGGAUUGCAAAUCACAAGCCCAGAAGCAAGAAAAACAGUGAUGGGGGAAGCUCUUCUAACGACUUUAUCGAUGGAAAAUUACCACCCAUCUACACUUCUUUCGAUGGAUUCAGGUUCUCUUGCACAUGAUGAGUUGGAGAGGGAGAUGAACCGGUCAAUCAUUCUUUCACGGCCUCCUGAUAUCAAUCUCCCAUUGUCAUCUGAGCCUAGUCCACCUCCUCCCCUUACUUGGAACGAUCCGUGUGACAUCCUGGAUGUAGGUCUUGGGCCUCAGAUCUAUGAGACUGAGACAAUUGUCACUAUUCCAAAAAUUGCGAAGAAAUGUGCAAAACGCCUGGAUAGCAUUUGGGGUGCCUGGUUCUUCUUUAGCUUCUAUUUCAAGCCUGUUUUGAAUGAGAAGUCGAAAUCCAAAAUAAAUAGGGAUAGUAAGGGUGUUUCUGGGUUUGAGAAAUCUGAUUUGCAGCUUGAUGCUUUUUUGGUUCAGCAUGACAUGGAGAACAUGUACAUGUGGGUGUUCAAGGAAAGGCCUGAAAAUGCCCUGGGUAAAAUGCAACUGAGGAGCUACAUGAAUGGGCAUUCUCGCCAAGGGGAGCCCCCAUUUCCAUUCAGUGUUGACAGGGGCUUUGUCCGGUCUCAUAGGAUGCAGAGGAAGCAUUACAGGGGUCUCUCCAAUCCUCAGUGCGUUCAUGGUAUUGAAGUUGUUCGAUCACCUAAUCUCGUUAAUCUUGAUGAUGAAGAGCGGAAGAGGUGGGUGGAGCUUACAGGCCGAGACAUCAAUUUCUCCGUUCCUUCUGAGGCAAGUGAUUUUGGUUCAUGGAGGAACCUUCCAAGCACAGAAUUUGAGCUUGAGCGCACCCCUGCUGCACUAAAGAGUAAUGGAAAUGCCCACCCAAGAAAGUUGCUUAAUGGUACGGGUCUGAAUCUGUCUACCCAGUCCUCGGACCACAGCAAUGGUGAAGGCCUUGACUUGUCUCCUAUUAGCAACAAGCGGAAGCAUUGCAAUGAUGAUGAAUUUUUGCAUUCUGUUGAUAUGAAUACCCAUCCGGUUGAGCCAACGUGGUUAAACGAGUUCAGUGGGGUAAUGAAGAAUGUAAAUGGGCCUGUUACAGCAGCGAAAACAAUAUAUGAGGAUGAUAAAGCCUUUUUAGUCAUUGUCAGCUUGCCCUUUGCAGAUCUUCAAAGGGUCAAAGUUACUUGGAGGAAUACUAAAUUGCACGGUAUUGUUAAGAUAUCUUGUACAAGUACAGCUUGCAUGCCAUUUAUUAAGCGGCAUGAUAGGACAUUUAAGCUAACAGAUCCAACACCAGAGCACUGCCCUCCAGGGGAAUUCAUUAGGGAAAUUCCCCUCCCAAACCUGAUUCCCGAAGAUGCAAAGCUGGAAGCAUACCGCGAUGAGACAGGAACAGUGCUUGAAAUUAUUGUGCCCAAGCAUCGUGUAGGACCAGAAGAACAUGAAGUUCGUGUAUGCCUCCGGCCCCCUCCUUGGAGUGAAUGAGCAUUUGUCAACCUGAAACAGGCAUUGGUUUGAAGAUGUAAGGAUGGCUAGAGUGUUUGGUGCUUCAUUGUUUACUAACCUCAUUCCAUGAAGCAAUCUAUGAAAUGAUAUUUUCCCUUUUGCUAGAUGAAACUUCAUGUCUUUUCUUUUAUAGGUUUAUAUUUGCGAUUCAUGUUUAAACUGGGUGGCUUUACCAAGUAAAUUAUUCUUAUUCCCCAAGGGAAGAACUCUAAUUGCUCAUUUGACUUCGGAAUGCACUAAUGACCGCUUUGCUUUUUUUAAACUUUCAGCUCCUUGGACGUGUUUCAAGGGAUGAGCAUGGACUUGUAACCUCAUGUUUGCAUCCAUUUCUGUGUUGUGCUACUUGUGUGACCUUAUAAAUUGUUUAUGGAGUAUGCUUGCUGCUGCUUGCAAAUGUAGUAUGGAUUAAAUAGAGGUUGUUAGGUAGCGAGAAUACUCCUGUCAGUGCUAUCUUCUACUGAUUGUAUAGCUGUUUGAAUAUUUGUUUUAGAUAAUGAGAAUAAUGAAGGCAUUUACUAUC